AUGGUAUUGCCAGUAACUUCAGAUCUUUUAGGGACUAACAGAUCAAAUGAAAAGAAGCUUUAAGAGCUUAGGAAAUGGAAAAAUCUCUAGGAAGAAGUGAAUGAAGUAUAUCAUCAAACUAAUGAGCGCAUUGGACUUUAUCUUGAGUUCCUAGAUUUUAUCUUAAUCAACAAAGGAAGACUUGAAUAGCAGCCAGUCGACUAGAAAGUAUAGUUUAAGCAAUCAGAUAAGGAUAACACUCUCAAAGAACUUGAGCCUAGUGAGAAAUAUAAAGUAUUGAAAGAUGUGUUCACCAAAGUCAAUGACAAAGUUCAAAUUUUAGAGCUUAAAGCACAAGGAAAUUUAGGAAUUGACUCGAACGUCUCUGAGGGGUACUAUGACUAGAAGAAUGCAUUGUUCAAGCAAGUGAAAGACGUUGGAGAUUUAACUGAAAAAGACUUAUUAAAAGAGAUUGAAUCUAAGAUUGACUUAAACAGAGAAGAAGAUUUAAUUGAAGAUUUCGUCAAAGAAAAGCAGAAAAUUGGGAAAAGCGCAGAUGUAUUCAGUAUCUAUAAAUUGAAGUCUAAAGUUAUGAAUGAGAAAAUAGAUAAGAUAAAGCGUCAAUUCAGUGAAUAAACUAGCACAGUUAUAAAUAUAAGAAGAUCUAUCGAUGAUAAUCUACUAAGAAUUGAAUCUCAGAUGAAAGAGCUCUAGGAGGUAGGCUCCUUAAACAAUAAUGAAAGAGCAUCAUUGGUCGAAGAUAUAAAAUAGGAAACAGAAUAGCCUUAAGAUCCUAUGACUCAACAGCUGAUUGAGCAAGUUUAAGAAAAAUAACGCAAGCUAGAAUCUCAAAUAGAUGCAAUCAUAAGUGAAAUCUAAUAGAUAAUAUUUAAUUCAAACUAAAGCCAAUCCUUAGAUUCGCUUAGAAAUAAACUUGGUGAGAUAGAAAACUAAAUCUCAGAUUUGAAAGAUUCUAAAAAAUAAGUUGAAGCUCAAAACUAAGAAUUAACAGAGCGCUAAACUUUGAUCAAUCAGCAAAAUGAGGAAUUUAAAUCAUAGAUCGAAUAGUAUAAGCAAAAGAGUGAAAAUAAUGAAUUGGAGGGUUAAGAAAAGGAUAAAAGGAUAUUUGAACUCAGCGAGGAAAAUCUUACUCUGCAACUGGAGUUGGAUUAGAUAAGAUAGCAACUUUUGCAAUCUGAAGAUAAAAAUAAGCAGUAUGAAAAUGAGAUUAAUAAAUUGAAGGAGGAGUAAAAGCAGACAGUAGAAACCAAGAGAAAAGAUUAAUCAGCUGAUGAGAGUGAUAAAGAGAAAAAGUAAGAGGAAGAAGAAGAAGGUAAGAAGAAGAAAUAGAGAAAGUCAAAAAAGAAUAAAAAGAACAAAAAGUAGCAAGAGCAAUCUGAAUAAGAAAAUCAAGAGCAAUAGAAUAAUUGA